UAUUAAUCUAUUGAAUUUUCCACUUCUGGUUGCUGUUUCUCUUCCCUUCCUCUCUCUCUCUAAGGAUUCGAUUGAAUCUAAAACGCAGGAAGGAGAGAGAGAGAGAGAUCAUAAGCUUCGCGUCUUUGCUGAAUCUCUCUCUAUAUCGGCGUUUCUUCCUCUUCUCCGUCCCUCACAGAUUCGCGAUCCGAUUUGGCAUCAAGCGCACAUUUCCUUCGCAGCAAAGGGUGAUCAUAUAAGUUUUGCAACAGACUUCUUAGAGGGCGUUUAACACAAAACGAAGAUGAAGAAAGUCUUCGGUCAAACUGUCAGAGACCUCAAGAGAGAGGUCAACAAGAAAGUGCUCAAAGUGCCUGGAAUAGAACAAAAGGUUCUAGAUGCUACUAGCAACGAGCCAUGGGGUCCUCAUGGUUCUCUUCUUGCUGAUAUUGCGCAAGCUUCAAGAAAUUACCAUGAAUACCAGUUGAUCAUGGGGGUCAUAUGGAAACGACUUAGCGACACUGGAAAAAACUGGCGGCAUGUCUUUAAGGCUUUGACAGUUUUGGAGUACAUGGUAGGCCAUGGGUCAGAACGUGUUAUUAAAGAGAUUAGAGAGCGUGCAUAUCAAAUUUCGACAUUGUCCGAUUUCCAGUAUAUUGAUUCCGGUGGUAGAGAUCAAGGAACCAAUGUUAGGAAGAAAUCACAGAGCCUGGUGGCGUUGGUCAAUGACAAAGAGAGAAUAGCUGAGGUCAGAGAGAAGGCUUCAGCCAACAGAGAUAAGUAUCGCAGCUCAGCACCAGGUGGGAUGUAUAAGCCUUCAGGAGGAUACGGGGACAAAUAUGAUUACGGAUCCCGGGAUGAAGAGCGAAGUAGUUAUGGAAGAGAAAGGGAAUAUGGUUAUAGGGAUGAUGAUAGAAAUAGCCGUGAUGGAGAUCGUCACUCCAGAGACUCUGAAGACCGGUAUGGGAGAGAUGGUAACAGGGAAGAUGAUUACAGAGGAAGGAGCAGAAGUGUUGAUAACUACCAAAAUGGGUCACGAGGUAGAAGUUCAGAAAGGGAACGGACAUUUGAGGAUGAUGGCCAUUCAUCAAGGGGUAGUGGUGCUCGAGCUGAUGACAGUUCUCAGGAUGGGAGAGGGCAGCUCCAGAGGAAAUUUUCUGAACAAAAUAUUGGUGCUCCACCUAGUUAUGAAGAGGCUGUCAGUGACUCAAGGAGUCCUGUAUAUAGUGAAAGGGAUGGUGGAGAGACCCCACAAGCUGCUGCUCCAGAAGCUGGUUCUCCUCCCCCACAAGCUGUUGCUCCAGGAGCUGGUUCUCCUCCCCCACAAGCUAUUACUCCAGGAGCUGCUUCUCCCUCUGCCCCACAAAUAGCUGCUCCAACGGUUGCUUCUCCUCCUGCUGGAAACAACACAGACAAUAAAUCUACUGGUUUUGAUAAUGAAUCUUCUCCUCAGAACAUUGAGGCUUUUGAUGAAUUUGAUCCACGCUGUGCGUUUUCAGCUUGUCCUCCAGCAUAUGCAUCUGCGGACGGUGUUUCAGCUCCUCCAACAAUGGCUUCUACAUCUGCUCCUCCCACCUCAAACAGUGUUGAGAUGGACUUGCUUGGCUCCCUUGCAGACGUAUUUUCGCCAAAUCCUUUGGCCAUUGUACCGGCUGAGUCUACCUCUGUUGAAACCAAUGGACAAGCCAAUGCUCCAUCGUUUUCUACAUCUCAGCCAUCAGCUCAGACAUUUGAUGAUCCAUUCGGUGAAUCUCCUUUCAAAGCCUUCACUUCUACGGACAGCGACUCAAACCCGCAGCAAAGCUUUGGUGCUCCUUUCCAGCCAACACCACCAGCCUUCACCUCGGAGGUCACUCAUCCUGAUACAGCUCGUAACUUUGGCUUUGGGGACUCAUUUUCUACUGUUGCCAAUCCCGAACCUGGUGUUCAGAAUAUGCAACCUCCAUCAAACUCACCAGGUUUUCUUCAAGAGCAGUUCGACACAUCUGACAAUGAUUUUGAUAUUCUUGCUGGCAUACUCCCCCCGUCUGGUCCUCAAGUUUCAGUCCCUCAACAAUCGAGUGCCUCAGUACCAACAUCUCAGUUUCCUCCCAGUGGAAACAACAUGUACGAGGGAUAUCACCCUCAGCCGGUAUCUACAGCCCCAAACAUGCCUGGACAAACUCCAUUUGGGCAAGCUGUACAACCAUAUAACAUGGUUCCUCAUUCACAAAAUACGACGGGAGCCACACCGUUUCACAAUGGAGGCUUCAUGCACCAGCCUGGCUCAGCCGUUUACAAUCCUGGAGUAGUCACUUCACACCCUACAAGCGAAAGCUUCCAUCCACGGCCAGUUGCUGCCACUUCAUCGAGCUCGCAGACCCCUUACUCUACCCCAAGUGGGCCAGCUGGUCAGUUCAUGACACACCAGGGUCAUGAAAUGUCGCCUUCUCAUGCUCCACAAAGAACUCAAUCCGGGCCUGUUACUAGUCAAGGGAACAACAAUUUCAUGGGAGACAUGUUUACACAAGCUGGACCAACAAGCGCUGUGACUUCAUCGUCAUCAUCCCAUUCAGAUCUCACACCUAUAACAGGAGCGAUUGAGAUCGUUCCUCCGCCUCAGAAAAAGUUCGAGCCAAAAUCAUCAGUCUGGGCAGACACAUUGAGCAGGGGACUUGUUAACUUUAACAUAUCUGGACCUAAAACAAAUCCAUUGGCAGACAUAGGAGUUGACUUUGAGGCGAUCAACAGGAGAGAAAAACGGCUAGAGAAACCGACAAAUACACCACCAGCAACAUCGACUAUCAACAUGGGUAAAGCAAUGGGAUCAGGCACUGGCUUAGGUCGUGCGGGUGCAACUGCUAUGAGACCUCCUCCAAAUCCAAUGGUAGGCUCUGGCAUGCCCAUGGGCGGCGGUGGUUAUGGGGGUAUGAACCAAAACCAACACAUGGGUAUGGGAAUGGGACCAGGCAUGAACCCAAAUCAACCAAUGGGUAUGGGAAUGGGACCAGGAAUGAACCAAAACCAACCCAUGGGUAUGGGAAUGGGACCAGGCAUGAACAUGGGUGGAGGAUAUGGCCAAGGUUAUCCGAUGCAACCACAAAACCAAGGAAUGGUCCCUGGUCCGAACAUGCCAGGCAACAACAACUAUAAUCCAAUGAUGGGUCAAGGCGGUUAUAACCCUCAACAAUCGUAUGGUGGUGGGUACAGGUAAGAUCAAGCCAAACCAUUACUGACAAGACCCUCCACUUGUAAAGUCGAGAAGAGAACACUCUGGUUCCGUACCUCUCUGCUUCUUUUCAUUUUUACCUGGGACAUAUAAUAUCUAUCAGGCGAUAAAAUAGUCGGAUUGGUCAGCCGCUUCACGGAAGUACUCAGGUUACAUUAUUCAUCUCAGCAUCAGGAUUUUCUACACUCUUCGUUUCCUUUGUUAUAUGCGUAUAAAUUGAUAUAUACUACACAGAUUCUAUUUUUGAGGGUUUCGCGUAUUGAAUGUGUACAACAUUUCCCAUUCACGGAACAAAUAAAAUAUUUUGUCUUU